AUGUCAGGGUUGGUUCCUACUUUCUGCCUCCAGUCGCGAUGGGCUGAAGCACACAACUGCACCAAAUUCCAAGGCCACCUUUUGUUAUCGUUCCGUGUCACAAAUCACACUUUCUUCUCCCCUUCUCUCCCUACCCAGGCACUCAUAUCACCACAAUACGCUCAGAACUCUUUCAGGCCCAACACCCGUUAUCCUUUGGUCCAUAUUGAUUCAUGGGCGACUAUGACCUGCAACAACUCGUCCGGCGAGAGUAAGGCCAAAUCUCAAGCCCAAGGCAGCCAGAAUGAAUAUGGAAUGGUCAAGGGUGGAGACUGCAAGGGUCAGGUGCUAUCGCCCAAGGCUUCAGAGACGUCGACGCGCAACAAGGUCCGCGAUACUGGACCAGCCACGUCUACGAGUCGUGAAUCCACUGCCGAUGGACUCUACCAUGGUGAAGUUUAA